CACCGCCGUCGCUGGCGUGCGACAUCAGCUCGUUGGUGCGGCGAACCAAUUCUCGUAUGUUUGUUCAUUUGUGAGCAAGAUGGCGAGUGAAUCGCUGAAGCAGUGCGGGCAGCCGCAUUUGGCUAAGCAGGAUCUAGCUACAUUGGAUAUCAGCAAACUCGAUGCUUUCACACAUGAGGUUAUUAGUAGACAGGCUACCAUCAAUAUUGGUACAAUAGGUCAUGUGGCCCAUGGCAAGUCGACAGUGGUUAAAGCAAUUUCCGGUGUUCAAACUGUUCGAUUUAAAAAUGAGCUGGAACGGAACAUUACCAUCAAGCUGGGCUAUGCCAACGCAAAGGUGUACGAGUGCGACGAGCCUAAGUGCCCUCGACCGGGACGUUUCAGGUCCUAUGGCAGUGGCAAGGAGGAUGAUUUUCCUUGCGAUCGGACAGGCUGUAACGGUCGGAUGAAGCUAAAAAGGCACGUAUCUUUUGUCGAUUGUCCUGGUCACGAUAUCCUGAUGGCCACUAUGCUUAACGGUGCCGCCGUCAUGGAUGCUGCGCUGUUAUUGAUCGCUGGCAAUGAAAGUUGUCCGCAACCGCAAACCUCGGAACAUUUGGCGGCAAUCGAAAUUAUGCAACUGAAGCAUAUUCUUAUCCUGCAAAACAAGAUAGAUCUCGUCAAGGAGACACAAGCGAAAGAGCAAUAUACGCAGAUUAUUAAGUUCCUUGAAGGGACCGUCGCCGAGGGCGCUCCAAUUAUUCCGAUUUCCGCCCAGCUCAAAUAUAACAUUGAGGUUAUCUGCGAGUACAUCAUAAAGAAGAUCCCGAAGCCUCUGCGAGAUUUUACGUCCGAGCCGCGUUUGAUUGUUAUUCGAUCGUUCGACGUGAAUAAGCCUGGCUGUGAUGUCGAUGAUCUGAAGGGCGGCGUCGCUGGUGGCUCGAUCCUUCGAGGUGUGUUGCGUGUCGGCCAGGAAAUCGAGGUACGACCUGGAAUCGUGUCGAAGGAUGCAGAGGGCAAGCUUAUGUGCAAGCCAAUCUUCAGUAAAGUUCUGUCGUUGUGCACAGAACAAAACGACCUGAUGUAUGCGGUACCCGGUGGACUCAUAGGUGUGGGAACAAAGAUCGAUCCAACGCUGUCUCGUGCCGAUCGUAUGGUCGGUCAGGUUCUUGGCUCGGUAGGCGCUUUGCCGUCAAUCUACAGUGAACUCGAGAUUGCCUUCUACCUAAUGAGGCGUUUGCUCGGUGUGAGAACCGAGGGUGAGAAAAAGGGAACGAAAGUACAGAAGCUUUCAAAGGGUGAGGUACUUAUGGUUAACAUCGGGUCGCUAUCGACCGGCGGUCGUGUCAUCGCUGUGAAGAACGAUCUCGCGAAAAUUUCACUCACGGCACCUGUCUGCACCGAAGUUGGUGAGAAAAUCGCCCUAUCUCGACGAGUUGAGAAGCAUUGGCGUCUCAUUGGAUGGGGCCAGAUUAAGCGGGGUGUAACGAUCAAUCCGGUAGCCAGAAGUUGAACUAAUUGGGUAUUAAAUUCAUGCGGCGUCUAGGCUCGUGUGUUCGAAUAAAGUUCAUUUACAUCUUGCAUCUCGAAUUUUGGACUGAAGGGCGAAAACCGGGAAAACCAAAAAGCAUAAUGGGAUGUAACCGCUAACGUAUGAAAAAAUCAAUUAUUAAAUGAUGACCGGAUUAGAAGAAUAAUGUAUGACGUGUAACAGCUAACAACAAUCACUAGAAGCUGCAGCAACACAUACGAUAACGAGAACAAACUGAUCGUACGCUAGCGAUAAAACGGCCGUAAAUCAUUCGAAGACUACUGGAACAAUGAUAACGCCAUUAAUAACUAAAGGAUGUUUUGUUAGAAACGCCUGACUUGACCAGUUUGAUUCGACCAUUUUCUUAUGGUCAGACAAAUAUGGGAUUGGACCGAUUCACAGUUUGUGUAAAACUGUAUAGUAGGACGGGCGCCACGGAGGUGCGACUUCGGGACCGCUGACGAUACAAUUGAGUGAUAACCUCAUCUAGUCGGUGUAAGGGAAGUCGCCAAACUUUUAACUAGCAGCACUCGGCCAAGCUGCAGCGACAGUGGAUGGCAUACAAUUUUGUUUGUCAAGAGAAGAAAGGAAAUACAUUAAAAUUAAAUGUUUGAGAAAUGAAAAAAACUGAUAAGCAGUUACUUGCACACACAUAUACACAGAUAUAUACAUAGAGAUUUAAUUGCGCAUACACAUACCAGCGACGAUUCUUUGCAUUAUUAUUAGUUACUAAUGGAAUUGAAUCAAUAACAACAACAAAAGAGAGGAAAAGCAAGCAACAAUUGAUGUAAAAUGUUAAGUAGCUAAAUAAAAGGCUGCCGACAGCGAGCCAGCACCGAGUGAUUGAAAAUCUU